AUGUUGGGCAACCAGCCUCCUUUACCGGAGCCCGACAGUGAUGAGGGACAUGCAUUGCUCCAUGUGCACGAUCUCCCUCAGCUAUACCAAAAGCCCACAGCAGCUGCUUUGUUGCAAGCAUUGAGUCUACUGUCUUUUGAACCGCCGUCAUUUUCAGCACGGAAUGCCAGCGGGCGCUACAAGGUCGGGGAACAAGGUGUCCCGGGCUACUUGACUUCCAUUGUCUCCUCAAGUCUCCGUUGGAUCGAAGACGACGAUGUGAAAGACUCGAUAUGGACAGCUGCAAGCGCUCGACUUAGCGAGCGUGCUGGUAGAAAUGCCAUGCCCGCGAUGACGAGAACAUUCGUCAUUAAUGGCAACCUGUCUAUCAGCCUACAUGAGCCUUCACUGACAGAGGAUAACCUUGGCCUGAAGACAUGGACCUCCUCACUUUUACUGGCUCAACGGCUGGCAGAAUGUCGCCAGCAUGUCCAGGAGGCCUGUACACGAGUCCUGGAGUUGGGUUCUGGUACAGGACUUGUUGGCAUCGCAGCUGCCUGCAUAUGGAGUACAGAUGUUCUUCUGACCGACUUGCCGGAAAUUGUGGCGAAUCUGCAGCAAAAUUUACUACAGAACCAGGAUCUGAUUUCUAGACACCAUGGCAACGUUCAGGCCCGGUCAUUAGACUGGAAUGACGAAACAGAUUUACCAGCGCAUGAAUCAGAGAAGUAUAGGGCCAUCCUGGCCGCUGAUCCUAUCUACUCGCCAGAACAUCCCAAAUUGCUCGUUGCUACGGUCCGCAGGUGGAUCAAUUGGGAUCAAAAUGCCAGGUUCAUUGUCGAACUUCCACUGCGAGACCGAUAUGAUGGCGAGAGAAAAGACCUCAGAAAACAUCUGCGUGAGAACGGCUUCGGCCUCGUAGUCGAAGGAACGGAUACUGGAUACGACGAUUGGCAAGGGCGUGAUGGAAAUCUGGCAGAGGUCAAAUGUUGGUGGAGCAUAUGGAAGCCACUCGUGAAUCUUUAG